AUGUCGACCACCACCCUGCAGCUGCUUCCGCGGCCGCCGGAGCCGGCGCGCGCCGCCGUGCUGCUGCUGCCGCCCCUGCUUCUCGCGGCGGUCGUGGUCUGCCUGUGGGUGCUGCUGUCCCGCAGGCUCAGCGGCAGGGAGCGGGCCGCCGGAGGGAAGGAGCAGCAGGCGGCCCCGGCACGGCUCCCACCCGGCAGCUUCGGGUGGCCGCUCGUCGGCGAGACGCUGGACUUCGUGUCCUGUGCCUACUCCUCCCGCCCGGAGGCCUUCGUCGACAAGCGCCGCCUGCUGCACGGGAGCGCGGUGUUCCGGUCGCACCUGUUCGGUUCGGCGACGGUGGUGACGUCGGACGCGGAGGUGAGCCGGUUCGUGCUGCAGAGCGACGCGCGCGCCUUCGUGCCCUGGUACCCGCGGUCGCUGACGGAGCUCAUGGGCAAGUCCUCCAUCCUGCUCAUCAACGGCAGCCUGCAGCGGCGCGUGCACGGCCUCGUCGGCGCCUUCUUCAAGUCGCCGCAGCUCAAGGCGCAGGUCACCGCCGACAUGCAGCGACGCCUCGCGCCCGCGCUCGCCGACUGGAAGACUCUGGGCGCCACCGCGCCGCCGCUCCGCCUCCAGGACCACGCCAAGACGCAGAUCGUGUUCGAGAUCCUGGUGAAGGGUCUGAUCGGGCUGGAGGCAGGCCCGGAGAUGCAGCAGCUCAAGCACCAGUUCCAGGAAUUCAUUGUCGGCCUCAUGUCCCUCCCCAUCAAGCUGCCCGGGACUAGGCUCUACAGAUCCCUCCAGGCCAAGAAGAGGAUGGCCAGGCUGAUACAGGGGAUCAUACAGGAGAAGAGGCGGCGGCGGAGGAGGCUCCUUGACUGCGGCGGCGAGGGCGAGGCCGGGCCCCCGCGCGACGCCAUCGACGUGCUCAUAAGCGGCGGCAGCGACGAGCUGACCGACGAGCUCAUAUCCGACAACAUGAUCGACCUGAUGAUCCCCGCCGAGGACUCUGUGCCCGUGCUCAUCACGCUCGCCGUCAAGUAUAUCAGCGAGUGCCCGCUUGCUCUGCAACAACUCGAGGAGGAGAACAUGCAGCUCAAGAGGCGAAAAACCGACAUGGGAGAGACCUUGCAGUGGACGGACUACAUGUCACUGUCAUUCACACAACAUGUGAUAACAGAGACACUACGGAUGGGCAAUAUCAUCAACGGGAUCAUGCGCAAGGCGGUGCGGGACGUCGAGGUGAAGGGGCACCUCAUCCCCAAAGGUUGGUGCGUGUUUGUGUACUUCCGAUCGGUCCACCUCGACGACAAGCGCUACGAUGAGCCCUACAGGUUCAAUCCAUGGAGGUGGAAGGAGAAUGACACGAGCACCAGCAGCUUCACUCCUUUUGGUGGUGGGCAGAGGCUGUGCCCAGGCCUGGAUCUGGCCAGGCUGGAAGCUUCCAUCUUUCUCCAUCACUUGGUGACCAGCUUCAGGUGGGUGGCGGAGGAGGACCACAUCGUCAACUUCCCAACCGUGCGGCUCAAGCGAGGCAUGCCCAUCAGGCUCACCAGCAAAGACUAG